AUGAAGCUCUUCAACCACCGAUAUCUGGGCCUCCGUGGCACCAAUCUAAAUGUUGCGGUUGGCAUGAUUGCCGGUAUAGACUUCCUGCUUUUUGGCUAUGAUCAAGGUGUGAUGGGUGGGCUUUUAACCUUGCCCUCAUUCACCAAGGUUUUUCCCGAGAUUGAUACCACGUCAGCUGGGACGGCAGGUCUCACACCAAGUCAAGCUGCGCAUCGAUCCACCAUUCAGGGAAUAUCCGUCGCAUCGUAUAACGUUGGUUGCUUUUGUGGCGCUAUCAGUUGCAUAUGGAUUGGGGACUGGCUAGGUCGACGCAAAACGAUCUUUACAGGAUCCGCUAUCAUGGUUGUUGGAGCUGCCCUUCAAUGUUCAGCAUUCAGUCUGCCCCAUUUCAUUGUUGGUCGAAUCAUUACUGGAUGGGGUAAUGGGCUGAAUACCUCAACCGUUCCUACCUGGCAAUCUGAAUGCUCAAAGUCGCAUCGUAGAGGUCAACUGGUCAUGGUUGAAGGUGCAUUGAUCACUGGAGGUAUUAUGAUCAGUUACUGGAUUGAUUUCGGGUUUUCGUUCUUGAACUCAGAGGUUUCAUGGCGUUUCCCAAUUGGCUUCCAAGUUUUCUUUGCGCUGAUAAUUCUUCUGUUCAUUCUCGAACUGCCUGAAUCACCAAGAUGGCUUAUAUUCAAGGGCCAUGAAGAUGAGGCGUUGCAGGUCCUCGCAGCACUAUCAGACAGGUCAGCUGAAGACAAAAGAGUUCUAUCUGAGUUCGCGGCGAUUAAGGACACCGUGCUCGAAGCGAAAGAAACAAGGUUCAAGGAUCUUUUCACUAUGGAUGAAGAUCGCCAUUUUCACCGUGUUGCACUUGCCUACGUUAAUCAAGUGUUCCAACAGAUUUCUGGAAUCAAUCUCAUCACUUAUUAUGCGGCUACAAUUUACGAGAACGAAAUUGGACUCACACCAUUUAUCUCUCGAAUCCUGGCGGCAUGCAACGGCACCGAGUAUUUUUUGGCCUCGUGGAUUGCCGUUUUCAUUAUUGAAAAGGUUGGACGUCGUAAACUUAUGCUCUUCGGCGCAGCAGGCAUGUCAGCGUCGAUGAUCAUACUUGCCGUAAUGACUAAAAUCGGCGGAAGUGGCCCCGGUAUUGUGGCUGCGGCAUUUUUGUUCGUUUUCAACACAUUCUUCGCUAUCGGCUGGCUCGGUAUGACCUGGCUUUAUCCAGCCGAGAUAGUACCACUUCGAAUUCGAGCAAAGGCCAACGCUUUAUCGACGUCGGCAAACUGGGCCUUCAAUUUCAUGGUGGUCAUGAUAACGCCUGUGAGCUUCAGCUCCAUCGGAUACAAGACGUACAUCAUCUUCGCGGUCAUUAACGCCUUCAUCUUUCCGGUCGUCUAUUUCUUCUACCCGGAGACAGCCUAUCGCUCGCUCGAGGAAAUGGAUACCAUUUUCCAGAAGACAAAGAACAUUUUCAGUGUUGUUUGGACAGCGAAACAUGAACCUCGUCGUUAUGGCAAGAAUGGCGAGGUGUUGAUAGAGUAUGAAGCUACUGGUGAGCAUGAGCGUCGCGUCAGCAAUGCUGUUCGUCGGGGCAGUGUUCUCAGCCACAUCGAUAGCCGAGACUACAGUGGCGAGAAGGGAACAACCCGGCAACUGAGUGAAGAUUACAGGGGCAAUCCAGGCGGACCGGUUCCUCUUGGAGGGAUCUAA